AUGACAUCCUUGGUUCCUUUCAGACUUGCGGGUCUUUUCUCCGUGAGUUCAGCUGGCACCUGUGAUCUGCCAGUGGGAAGAGUUCCACACCAGACAUUGCCCAAUGAGAAAUCCCGAGAAGACACCUGGGCCACCGCCUACGGUGUUUCCCCGUCCGAGUGGAGCUCCAUUGCAGCAGAAUCCGAUGCCUUGGAGCUGCGCAGCCUGCUGGAGAAGGGCUACACAGACUGGGCCAGUGAUCUCCUUGCAGACAGAAGCAUCAGCCUGAGCCGGAAAGCGCGAAGGAAUUUGGGAAGCCUCCGGGCUCUGACGCGAGCUGUGUUCACCAGCUCCAGUUUGGGGGAAGUCUUUGGGAAUCGUGAGCUGGUUGAGGCAUCCUCAUUAUACCACCUGCUUGGCUUGGGAGACGAUUUGGGAACUCUACAUCAAGACAUGGCGGUACUUUGGAUGCUCCAUAGCAGGCUUGGUAUACUCAGCAAGCACAGAAAGACCUGCAUCAAGCUCCUCUACCAUUUCGUGCAGUCUGAGGACUUGAACACUGAGGAACUUUGUCGUUGUGAACGCCUUUGGGUUUGCGGUGACGAAAAUGCAUUGGUCCGUGUGACGCUGUCCAAUCCCGGGAAGGUCAUGGAUUAUCCAGACGAAGCCUUGGAUUUUUCGCGGGUGCUGCGCGGAGUUCGCAUUUUGGAGUUUCAGAGCGGAAAGCUUUUUGACAAAGGAAUUCUGGGGAGUUUGCUUGGUUUCUUUCCGAAUGCAAGAGUGAUGACGGUGCACAUGCAGGAGGAGCCAAUGGACAUGAUGGCUCUUAAUUCGUGGACAGCUUCCAUAGUAGGGCUGGAUCUGAGGAUCGCUUCAACAGUUGUGCCAGAUUGGAUCUGCGAAUUCCGUGACUUGCGGCAUCUUCACAUCAGUGGGGACAGCAAUCAAGGUGGUCAGCACGUCUCAAUCAAAGCAUUGCCAGGGUGUUUGGGCAACUUCUCCGAGUUAAUUCACUUGAACGUGAUCGGCUGCAACCUAACAGGGACAGCUUCCCUACCAGAAAGCAUGGGAAACCUCCAGAAACUGCGCAUCUUUGAGGCUUUUGAGAAUGGAAGGCUCAGCGAGGAGAAGGUGAGCUGUCCGGGAGAGUGGCUGCCAAACCGCAGUCUUUGUGUGCCUGGCUAUGUGGCACAAUAUGACGGAAAGCCGCCAGUAUGGCGCUGCCCGGUGCAUGGGUGGAAUAUCCACUUCGAUGACAUGACCCUGCCAUGGUGGAGAUGGCGCUCCCUCGAGAAGAUGCACAUCGAUGCCAACUUCAUCUACGGCGGCAUCCCAGCUUCCUUGCCGGAGUUCUGGCCACGGCUGCGCUCAUUGGACCUUCACGACCUCAAGCUGGAGGGCACUCUGCCUCAAUCUUUGGAAACACUGGAGAACUUGACGCAACUACAGGUGGCCAUGAACGACCUCCACUGCCAGGACGUUGAUGUGGUGGCAAGGCUCAUGAAGCAUCCCAAGCUGCGGAGGGUCAACCUCGAUGCCAACCCAAAGCUGUGCGGCUGUCUUCCAUCAAAGCCGCUGCCGCAUUUGAGCGUCAAGUUUGGUGGAUCUGCUGCCCAAGUAUGCGCCAACUCCAACGCCGAGUUGUGA